UCAGUUUAACACAGAACAGCCAGUCGAAAGAAAUCGGUGUGAGCUCUGUGUGUUUGUGUGUGUGGGGGGCUUUUUUUUGUUCCCCCCCUUUACAUUAGUGUUAUUUUUUUUAAAGACUUUUAUUACUGUUGAGUUCCUUUAUUCAGUUAUUUUUGCUUAUCAGCCGUCAUGGCUCUUCUGAUGGAGCACCAGUUCAGGCAGCUCCCAGCCGACAGACAGGUGGAGACGCGACCCUUCCUCGAGGCGGUGUCUCACCUGCCGCCCUUCUUCGAUUGUCUCGGUUCCACCGUUUUCGCCCCCAUUAAAGCCGACAUCGCGGGCAACAUAACCAAAAUCAAGGCAGUGUACGACAGCAACCCGGGUCGAUAUCGGACGCUGCAGCAGAUCCUGGAGUUUGAGAAGGAGACGUACACGACCGAGUGGCCCAGCGUAGGAGCUACGCUCUCCCUCAUGUGGCUCAAAAGGGGGCUACGCUUCAUCCAGGUCUUCCUGCAGAGCUUAGUGGACGGCGAGAGGGACGAGAACAACCCCAACCUGAUCCGAGUCAACGUCAGCAAAGCCUACGAGAUCUCGCUGAGGAAAUAUCACGGCUGGAUCGUGCAAGGACUCUUCAAAGCGGCGCUCUACGCUGCUCCAUAUAAAUCGGACUUCCUGAAGGCUCUGUCUAAAGGCCGUGAAGUCAAAGAGGAGGACUGCUUGGAGAAGGUGAGGCAGUUCCUCGUCAACUUCACCGCCACCAUCGACGCCAUCUACGAGAUGUACGCCAAGAUGAACGCCGAGCUCGAGUACAAGGCCUGAGCUGCGGCUCUGCACCCCGACUGGCUCUCGUCUGACCGAUUCUGCUUUCUGAUUGGACUCUCUCUCUCUCUCAGGGUUUCUCCAGGCCUGUUGUUUAGUGUUUGUUUUUCUGUUCUGUAACGGGGAUGAAGAGAGUGCCGACUCUUAUACAGGACGCUGCCGUGUGAAGAACAUGCUGUCAGGUUGAUGUGUUCGGUGUCCAACCAAGAGUCAGGCCAAGUGCAAGAGUGUUU